AUGAAACUGUUGCUUCAACUUUGUUCGUCACUCUUGUUGGCUUGGUCCUUGAGAGUAUCAUCCUUCUGCAUUUCUGAUGUAUCAACAUCAUGUAGAGCUCCCCAGUAUCGAAAGUCCCAUUCUUCGACCAGUUUAAACAUCAUUGGGGCCGAAACCAUUGGCAUCGCCCUUGUAUCUGCGGCAGCGGGGGCCGCAGCUCGGCAACCCGAGAUCAAUUCCAUGCAAGUGGAACUUAUUGAAGCUAGGAAGAAGGUGGAAGAUUCCAAGGAGCAAGUCGCCAAAAAGAUUGAAGAGCUGGAAGAGAAACUCUUUGAGGUUGAUCGCGCCUACGAAGUUGAAUCUGCCAAAUUCCAGAAGGAAUUUGAAAAGCGCAAGGAAAAGGAGGUCGCCAUUAUCACUGAAAAGAUCAAGACAGACAUGAAAUUCAAGUUGGAUAUUGAAAUCGAGAAGGAAAAGUCGAAACUCUUGUCCGAAAAGCUCAAGAAGGUCAAAAAAGAGGGCGAAGAAUCGUCGGAAAUUGCCCAACUGAAGAUGCAACAACAGAACUUGAAAUCAGCAAAGGAAAAGCUUGAGCUUGCCCUCCAAAGCUCAGAAGAAAAGAUGAAGAAUAUGGAAACUCCUAAGGCUAACAGGCUUUGGCCGUUUUGA